CUCGGCUUGAGAGAGGGCGAUGGCCAUGGCUUCUGCGCGAUCCUGUAAUCAGGAAAUUCUGAAUUCGAUGCAAUUUAAGAUGAGGAACUGAGGAGAGAGAGAGAGCAUUGCCGCUAGAAUGGCUUCUGCAACGGCGACAAUUCAAACAACAGUUUCCACGCCUACAUCUCCACUCCAUUCGCCUCUCUCUGCCACCGCAGUGGCGGCCCUUUCUCCCUUCGCGGCCUCCGCUGCUGCUGCCGCCGCUGCCGCUUCUGGCCCUUCCCCUCUGGAGGCCUUUAAAUCCGACCCCAUCUUCUCCCCUUUUCUCUCCCCUGACUUCAACCCCGCCGCCUUCUCCGCAUCUGCCCUCUCGGCCGGCUCCGCCGCCUCCAGCUCCGAGCAUCUACAGAAUGCCAUCCGCCUCCUCCAUCAGCACCUCCGCUCUCAGAUCCUCCACCGCCACCACCAUCUCCUCCGCCAGCUCUCGUCCAUUUCAGACUGCAACUCCUCCCUCACCCUCAUCCGCUCCUCCGUCUCCAGCCUUCAAUCGUCGCUCACCCGUCUCCGAUCCGAUGUCUCGGCUCCCUUCCGCCUCAUCCGCCUCCAGACUCUGCAGCUCUCCAAUCUUAACACCACCAUCGAACUCCUCCAAUCCACCGUCCGCCUCCUCCGGCAGACUCAGAAGCUCAGAUCCCUAAUGCAGACCCCUGAUUUCGACGUCUCCAAGGCCGCCCAGCUCUAUAACGACAUCCAAAUCCUCCGCCGGGAGGGCGACCUCUCCGGGAUUACCGUCGUGGACGACGAGCUAGGGUUCUUGACUGAGGCCGCCACGGGACUGCGGGCAGAGGGUAUCAAGGUCCUUGAGAGGGGCAUGGAUGGCCUGAAUCAAGCCGAAGUUGGCAGUGGAUUGCAGGUGUUCUACAACAUGGGGGAAUUGAAGACCACGGUGGAGGCGAUAGUGAGCAAGUAUAAGAAUAUGGGAAUUAAGAGCAUCGGAGCCGCGCUGGAUAUGAAGGCAAUCUCGGGAUCAGGUGGUGGUAGUAGCGGUGGCCGGGGGUUCGGACCGGGCGCGGUGCAGAGGAGCGGUCUGCCGCAGAUUGGUGGAGGUGGGAGAGCGAGGGAAGGUCUAUGGCUGAGAAUGGGGAAUUGUAUGGACCAGUUGCAUUCGGUCGUCGUCGCUGUGUGGCACUUGCAGAGGGUUCUCUCGAAGAAACGGGAUCCUUUUACCCAUAUCCUGUUCCUCGAUGAGAUCUUAAUGGAAGGUGAGCAAACAUUAACAGAUAGAGUUUGGGAAGCACUUGUGAAAUCCUUUGCAACCCAAAUGAAGUCAGCUUUCACAACAUCAAGUUUUGUGAAGGAAAUAUUUACUACAGGUUACCCUAAGCUUUACUCUAUGAUAGAGAAUCUGCUUGAAAGAAUUUCACGUGACACUGGUGUGAAGGGUGUUCCACCGGCUGUUGGUCUUGAUGGAAAAGAUCAGAUGAUUACUGCCAUUGAGCCAUUCCAGAUGGCCUUUCUGGCUCUCUGCUUGAGCCGCCUGUCAGAUCUUGUCAAUAAUGUGUUUCCAGUGUCUGCUCGUGGAAGUGUUCCUUCAAAAGAUCACAUGUCAAAAAUCAUCUCACGGAUCCAGGAGGAAAUUGAAGCCGUUAAACUGGAUGGCCACUUGACCCUUCUGGUUUUACGUGAAAUUGGCAAAGUGUUGCUGUUGUUAGCAGAAAGAGCUGAAUACCAGAUAUCAACUGGCCCUGAGUCUCGGCAAGUUACAGGACCUGCAACUCCUUCACAACUUAAAAAUUUUAUGCUAUGUCAGCACUUGCAAGAAGUUCACUCACGUGUGACAUCCAUGGUAUUGGGGCUGCCAGCUGUUGCUGCUGAGGUUCUAUCUGCAUCCUUGGGUGCUAUAUAUGGAGUCGCCUGUGAUUCUUUAACAUCGUUGUUUCAAGCCAUGGUAGAGCGUCUUGAGAGCUGCAUCUUACAGAUUCAUGAUCAGAAUUUUGGUGAUCAGAGUACCGAUUCAGCAGAUAAUGCAACAUCCGGUUACAUGGAUGAACUACAAAAGGCCAUAAUUCACUUAAGAACUGAAUUUCUAUCUAGGCUGCUGCCUUCAUCCAUGUCAAAUGCUGUUGGCACAACUACAGAGACAAUUUCUUCCAGGCUUAUCAGGAGAAUGGCUUCUCGAGUUCUAGUAUUCUUUGUAAGACAUGCUUCACUUGUCAGACCUCUUUCUGAGAUGGGAAAACUGAGAAUGGCAAAGGAUAUGGCAGAGCUGGAACUGGUGGUGGAGCAGAAUUUGUUUCCGGUCGAGCAGCUAGGUGCACCAUAUCGUGCUCUUCGUGCUUUACGACCUGUUAUAUUUUUGGAAACAUCCCAGUUGGUUGCAUCACCACUUCUGCAAGAACUACCUCCUAGCAUAAUUCUUCACCACCUUUACUCCCGAGGUCCAGAUGAUUUGCAGUCACCAAUGCAGAGGAACAGGCUUACCCCUUCACAAUACUCACUAUGGCUGGAUUCCCAAGGUGAGGAUCAGAUAUGGAAAGGGAUCAAAGCCACUCUUGAUGAUUAUGCUGCUAAUGUUAGAAGCAGAGGGGAAAAGGAAUUCAGCCCAGUUUAUACUAUUAUGCUUCAAAUAGGCUCAUCCUUGUCUGCAACUACCGCACCUUCACAUGAAACUUGAGAGGAUUACUUGUGAAUCUGAUAGUGGAGGUUAUCAAUUUUUGGCUAUACGAUGAUUCAAGUGUGGUCACAUCUGUGGUUUAUCUCAUUUUAUACCAACAGGAUUAGGCUUAUCUUAGCAGACAUAAACAUCCGGCAACCAUUUACUGAGUAGGUUCGGGUUUCAUCUGGUUUGAUCUGCUUACCAUUGCACAUGCAAUUUUUGAGCACCUUGCUGAACUUCACUGCUAAGGUCCAUUCCAGAGUUGUAAUCUUCUGUGUUGUGGCCUGUGGACCUGAUAGAUUUUUUAUGUGUUUAUACUCUUUGGCAAUUAAUAAUGUUCCAAGUGAUUUGUGUCA